AAAGCACUUAGUUGUCCUGUUGGUGUCCAAAAGCAUAACAAUAUGGCGGCGCCCAGCUCGGUGUGCUUCUUAUUAAUCAUCCAUGGGUGUGCUGCGGACUGUCGAGUUAAAGCCAGAAGGGACGAUACCCUUGUCUUCUGAGGUUGAAAACAACCUUAAAUGAAAGGAUGGAUAACGUAGGAGAGGACGAACCGGAACCUAUAAAGCUCAAGUCUAUCAAGACUAAUAAAACAUUCACAGUGCCUCAAAGUGACAGGUUUGGGAGUUGCAGGAGUGUCAGAGAGUUUGAGAAGUUCAAUCGCAUCGGAGAAGGAACUUACGGCAUUGUGUACCGAGCUCGAGACACCAAGUCAGAUGAGAUUGUGGCUUUGAAGAAGGUCCGCAUGGACAAAGAGAAAGAUGGGGUCCCCAUCAGCAGCCUCAGAGAGAUCACCCUGCUGCUGAGGCUCAGACAUCCCAACAUAGUGGAGCUGAAAGAAGUGGUUGUUGGCAGUCAACUGGAGAGCCUCUUUCUGGUGAUGAGUUACUGUGAGCAGGAUCUGGCCAGUCUGCUGGAAAACAUGCAGACCCCAUUCUCUGAGGCUCAGGUGAAGUGUAUCGUCCUGCAGCUGCUCAGAGGCUUGGAGUAUCUCCACCACAACUUCAUCAUACACAGGGACCUGAAGGUGUCUAAUCUGCUGAUGACAGACAAAGGCUGCGUUAAGAUCGCUGACUUUGGGUUGGCCCGGAUGUACGGCAUCCCCCAGCAGCCCAUGACCCCUCGAGUGGUCACACUGUGGUACAGAGCUCCAGAGCUCCUCCUAGGGACGAAGACCCAGACUACAGCUCUGGAUAUGUGGGCGGUGGGCUGCAUCCUGGCUGAGCUGCUGGCCCACAAACCUCUGCUUCCAGGAGCCUCAGAGAUCCAGCAGGUGGACCUAAUCGUGCAGCUGCUGGGGACCCCCAACCAGAACAUCUGGCCUGGUUUCUCUCAGCUGCCCCUCAUUGGUCAGUACAGUCUGAGGAAGCAGCCGUACAACAACCUGAAGAAUAAAUUCACCUGGCUGUCUGAAGCCGGACACAGACUGCUCAACCUGCUCUUCAUGUACAACCCACAGCGCAGAGCUACUGCCAAAGACAGUCUGGACAGUUCCUACUUCAAAGAGAAGCCUCUACCCUGUGAGCCCGACCUCAUGCCCACCUUCCCCCACCAUCGCAACAAACGGGCCGCCCCCCCAGCAGAGAGCCGCUCCAAACGCAGCAAAGUAUGAUGGGAGAUGGAGUUGAUGAGACAUCAGACUCAGAAAUGACCAGGAGGAACAUUCUCAGGAACGGAUGUUGGUUUCUGUUCACAACGAGUGCACGGAACGUAGAUCUGCUCAUGGGGAGAUGUUACUGCAAACAGUCAUUAAUUUCCCCUGAUAAGUCACACUGUCAUCAUACUGAACGCUGUGUUCAGUAUGAUGACACAGAGGUCAUCAUACUGAACGCUGUGUUCAGUAUGAUGACACAGAGGUCAUCAUACUGAACGCUGUGUUCAGUAUGAUGACACAGAGGUCAUCUGAACAUGUAAAAAGGCUAUGAGGAGCAUUAUUUUUUUUAGCUAUACUUCCUAGUUCUCGCAUUGCUGCCAAGGCUAUUGCACAAAAGAAGGGAAAGUAAUGAAGACGGAGUUGCCUUGACAACAAUGCUGAGGCAUUUUGUACUUUUGUUUCGAGCAUUUGUCACAUUUUAUAUGUUCUGUUAUAACGUUCUCUGCUGUUCUGUGAUCAGUUUGGAUCUUAACAUGAGGAUGAGACUGAACGGCAUGCCCAGGAAGAAGAAGAACGGCAUUAUACACUUUAAGGUAGAAAAAUCUGCCUUUAACUCAAAGAAAAUUAGUUUUUGGCAACAAAAUGGGAUGGAAUGAAAUGGCAGCUUUGUAAAGAUCUCAUGUUUGGUCGUCAAAGCCAUCUGUUUUUGUGAUGACUGUCAAAGUGACCUUUGGGUGAGGGUCAUCCCUGAAUCUGCUCCCUCAUCAUAAGUUGUUAUAGGGAUAGUUUGCGUAAAAAAAAGAAGCUUUUCUGCGAAUUAAAUGACAAAAUGGAUAUCACUCUGUGUCUACAUGCUAAGCUAAGCUUCAUGUUUACUGAACAGACUUGGAGUAUCAAUCUUAUUUUCUUACUUUAGGCUAAAUCAGGGAUUUGUUUUCAAAUGUCAAAGUAAUCAUUUUGGAGCCUCAGCUCGGCUAAACGUACUGUAAUAAUUAAGCAGGGGCUUCCUUAGCAGAAAUCACUGAAGCGGUUGUCUGUAAAUAUACCAAACUCAAAUGUGACUGCAGAGCCUCUAAAUGUCUUUAAACUGUCAUCUGUAAAACAUAAUAAAGAUGUCUUAACAGCAA